GAGGCGUGGCACGUGGUGUUGAAGAGAGAGAGGGAAAGAUCGAGGAUCAAUAUGGUGCUCUCGGUGUGUGUGAGGGUCGUGUGCAGACAUAUUAAGGAGUCCCGAAGCGUUUCAGCCGCGCUCUCUCGGUACUGUACGUCUCUGGUGACGGAAUCGGUCGUGGCAGCCCCAGAUUGUACGGAGACAGAGCCUCGUCGCCAGACAACAGACCGUCAGAGGCUGCUCCGGGCAGCCGUUCUGGGCGUCCCAAACGCGGGGAAAACCACGCUAGUCAACCAGCUGCUGGGACGCAAAGUGUGUAUAAUGGACAUCCAGACACCCUUAGCACACACACGGCUUCAACCCCUUGAUAUGUAGCUAUAAUUAUACAACCGAUACUUGAAGUGAAUCCAACGCCUGUGUACAGAUUUGGCUGAGUGUUAAGUCAGGCCCUCCAGUGAGAGAGUGUCUGGUGGGGAGACUAAAUCUACUCAUGGCAGUGUUUGCUGUGUUGUCUGUAGCUGUUUGCAGUGUCUCCAAAGAGGCAUACGACCACACGGAAUGUUGUAGGUGUGUUUACAGAGGGAGAUCAUCAAGUAAUAUUGAUGGACACUCCAGGCGUAGUUCCAUAUCAGGUGGGGCGAAAAUUGAGGGCCCCUAAAUCGUUUCUAACCGGUCCCCAUAGGUCACUGAUGGAAGCUGAAUUUGUGGUUGUGGUAGUUGAUGCCUCAGACAAACGACAGAGGCACCAACUUGAUGUGGAGGUGCUGAAAACUCUUGCAAGAUACAGUCACGUUCCUGCUAUCCUUCUCCUGAAUAAGGUUGAUGCAAUAAGACAUAAGCAUGUUUUGCUGGAAAUCACAGAGAGUAUACUGGAGUCGACACAUUCAUGGAUGGUGGAAGAAGGAAGAAGGAGAGAACAGAGAAUGAAAAUGUCUCCCGAAUUGCGCAACGAAUCGGGAGCCAAGGCUGAUGUUUACUGUGGGCCUACUCGCGAACAAGGAGCUCUACCGGCUGCUGCUGUUGAGUCUUUUGGAAAAGUGUUUAUGUCGUCUGCAUUGACUGGGGAUGGAGUCCAAGACCUCAGAGUAAUGCAGUGGAGCAAGAGCACUAAUAGCCUGUUUUCCCCAGAAAUUAAGUUUAUAGUGAACGGUGGUUGGGACUAAGUGGCUCAGCCAGCCACAAAGAGGCGAUGAGAUAGAGAGUGAGAGCGUUUUUGUGGUGUGGGCAUUUGCUGCCAACUCAUACUCUCCAGUGCGAGGAGUCUGCACUGUUUGUAUUUGUAGAUUGGCUGUUGUUGGGCACUGCAAGUGGCAGGUUUUGGCAGCUCGUGAGGUGCAUGAAAGGAAGCAUUGGUACUCCUCGGCCUGUGCUCCACACGCCUCAAAACCACUUGCCUUUGUCUCAGCUCUCUCAGAGAUCCUAAUGUCCCGGUGGUAGUGUACAUAGUUCCAAUUCAGGCUUCCUGAGCUGAGUAUAUAUAGUAGAGAGCUGUUUGGCAGGCUUGAAGCUCUUCCUGCCCCAUGGCUAGCUGUUUGUCCUGGACUGGGGUGGUCAUCUGUCGGGAAUGAAAUGAUUGGGUUUGUGCCAAUGGUCGACAUUUCCUCUUUCGCUUCUACUCUGCACACACACACACACACACACACACACAACGUAAUACAAAUACAUAUAAGAUUAGUGUUUAUAACUCUUGCUGUACCACUCUUAAUUUGUGGUCAAUGUCCAUUGUCUGUGGAGUGUAAUUUUGUCAAACGAAGUGCUUCAUGCAAUUCUAGUGCAAUCUCAGCUUUCCUCUUCUCUUUAUCUCUAUGUAGUCCAGCGGUGAAAAAUGGUUUUAAUGGUUAUAUCAUCAUCUGCAGUGGAACCCCUCUCUAAGGACACCCCUGAAAUGAGGACACCUCUCUCUAAUAAGGACACCUUUUUCCCCAAAGAACAGGUCUUGUAUAUAAUUUAACCCCUGAAAUAAGGACACCUCGCUAAAAAGGACACUUUCUUCUGUCCCAUUGGUGUCUGGAUUAGAGGGGUGCCACUGUAACCAUUCUCAGGAUUACCUGCUCUCCUGCACUCGUCCUGGAUGCUGGGAGUACUCUGCAACGGAGCACAGCGACCAGACUCAGAUGGCACUCGUUGAGGACAUUGUGAGGGAAAAACUCUUCCUUCAUCUCCAUCGCGAGAUCCCCUACGUUCUGACACAGGUCUGAACUCUGAGGAGAAUAACAUGUCUGCCGUGGGUUCGAGUCCCACCGUGGUUUUAAGUG